UUAGUUAUCUGUGGCUACCGGGCCGUGCGUUUUGUUGUUUUAAUGUUUAUUAAAUAAAAUAAUUAAUACGACCAUAUUGACUAUAUAAUUAUUAAAACAGAUUAACCAUAUGAGUAAAUCUAAGGUAUCCGCAGAAUGGAAAAAACGAGUGAAAUCGGAAUAUAUGCGUCUAAGACAAGUAAAGAGAUUCAAGCGGGCUGACGAAGUGAAGGUAGCAUGGGCUAGGAAUUUGCGCUUAAUGUCCGAGGCUAUCGAAGCUCGUGAGAGUGAAGUGACAGAACGUGGACGCAGGCCCUUUUGGCCUCCUCCAGCGCCGACUUCGAGCCAUGAGAGCCUCAUGAAACGAGCUGAAGUCACAUAUACAGACGCAUCCGGCGCAGUGACAACACAGCAAGCCCCAAUCAGAAUAAUAAACUCAGUCAAUCCAAUACCGACAAUGUAUACAUGGGCACCGACGCAGAAAAACUUUAUGGUAGAAGACGAGACUGUACUCCACAACAUUCCGUACAUGGGUGACGAGGUUCUGGACCAGGACGGUACAUUCAUCGAGGAGCUCAUAAAGAACUACGAUGGGAAAGUGCAUGGUGAUAAAGAAGGAGGUUUUAUAGACGAUCAACUGUUUGUUGAUUUGGUGCAUGCUCUGGUGGCAUAUCAGACUAAAGACGAAGUGGCUGAAGAGAGGAAGGAACGGGAACUGCGUAAUUCUAAAGAAGAGAAAGAGAAGGAGGCUGCAAAAGACCAGAAGGAUAAGGACAAGGAUAAAGAGGAGUCAAACGACGGAGAAAAGAAGAUCGUAUUUGAGAAGCAAUUCCCAAUUUUCACCAUCUUCCAGGCCAUCAGCUCUCAGUUUCCAGACAAGGGUACUGCGCAGGAACUUCGUGAGAAGUACAUCGAGCUGACGUCCCGCAGCGACCCGCUGGCGCUGCCCCCCGAGUGCACGCCCAACAUCGACGGGCCGCUGGCCGAGAGCGUGUCGCGCGACCAGACCAUGCACUCCUUCCACACGCUCUUCUGCCGCCGCUGCUUCAAGUACGACUGCUUCCUGCACCGUCUUCAAGCGUGUCACCCCAGGCCGAAUCUGUCAAAACGAAAGGGUCCAGACUUAAAACCUUUCUCAGAACCCUGUGGACUUAACUGUUAUAUGCUACUGGAAGGUAUGAAGGAGCAACUGGCCCGUGAGCAGGCGGCAGACGACAAGCCGCCCGCCAUCGACUCGCCCAACGACGCCUCGUCCGAGGACAGCAACGACAGCAACCGCUACCAGAAGGGAAGCAACAGCAACUCAAGCAACAGUAACUGGAGCACAAACGGAACCAACAAGCCCAGCGAGCCACCAGCUGAAGCUACUUACAAUGCUCUCGGUCUGACGGUGGGCGACGAGGAGUGGACGGGGUCGGACCAGUCGCUGUUCCGCGCGCUGCACAAAGUGUUUCCCUCUAACUACUGCGCCAUCGCGCAGGUCAUGCUGUCUAAGACCUGCCAGCAGGUGUACCGGCACUGGACGGAGACGGGCCGCGAGGGCGCCGGCGUGGAGGCGGAGUGCACGCCGCCGCGCAAGAAGAAGAAGAAGCACCGCCUGUGGUCCGUGCACUGCCGCAAGAUACAGCUCAAGAAGGACUCCGCCUCGCACCACGUGUACAACUAUACGCCCUGCGACCACCCCAACCAGCCCUGCGACAGCCUGUGCCCAUGCCUGCAGUCGCAGAACUUCUGCGAGAAGUUCUGCCAGUGCAGCAGCGACUGUCAGAACCGGUUCCCGGGAUGCCGUUGCAAGGCGCAGUGCAACACGAAGCAGUGCCCGUGCUACCUGGGCGUGCGCGAGUGCGACCCCGACCUCUGCACCGCGUGCGGCGCCGACGCGCCCGCGCCCGCCGCCGCGCCGCGCCCGCCCGUCUACUGCCGCAACGUGUCCGUGCAGAGAGGCCUGCACAAACACCUUCUACUGGCACCAUCGGACGUAGCUGGCUGGGGCAUCUUCCUGAAGGAGGCGGCGCACCGCAACGAGUUCAUCUCGGAGUACUGUGGAGAGAUCAUCUCGCAGGACGAGGCAGACCGUCGCGGGAAGGUCUAUGACAAGUACAUGUGCUCCUUCCUCUUCAACCUCAACAAUGACUUCGUAGUGGACGCGACGCGCAAGGGUAACAAGAUACGGUUCGCCAACCAUUCGAUCAACCCCAACUGCUACGCGAAGGUUAUGAUGGUGAACGGUGACCAUAGGAUCGGUAUCUUUGCCAAGAGAGCCAUUCAGCCUGGAGAAGAGUUGUUCUUUGACUACAGAUAUGGACCGACAGAACAAUUGAAGUUUGUCGGUAUAGAACGGGAGAUGGAGUUUUUAUGAGAACAGUCGAAACAGUGAUCAGAACAAACUAAGUUUUGGUCUGAAAGUGACUGAUUUUUAUAUCUAGUGUAACAUUACAUGGUGACAAUUAAGUUGAUUUUGAUUGUUUAUUUGAUAAUGUUGGACUAAGGACGAGCAAGGCAAGUCCUCUGUAAUCGCAAUUUAUUACUUUCUUGUUGGUUACAUUUUUCGCUAAAAAUGAUAUGAAGUAUAUACAUAUCCUUCGUGUCGUAGUAAUUUUCUAAAUUUUGUAAUGCAGCCAAAAAUAAUAAUGUCAUGUUAUAAUAAUGACCGAGAUUCACUAUAAGAACACGUAUGAAUCAAGUGUCUUUAAUCAAUGAUACAUUAGGCGUAAUUAGUUACAGUUUAAAUUUAAAUCGUUGACAUGAUAUUGUAUCGAGUUAAGUUUAAUUAGGAAUUAAAUUCUACAUUUUGUAUGUGAUUUUUAAAUAGUUAUCAUUAAUCAACUAUUAUUAUCUCUCAAAUAACUUUAAAAUACAACUUUUUUUACAAUAAAA